UUAUGAAAGUGACGAAUGCGUUUGUAAAGUAUUUUGUGGUAUGUUAAUUUACUAGGAAGUGAAGUAAUGAUCUACGGUUCAGUUCAGUGAAUUAAAUUAAGAAUGGGUUACCAGCUACUAGUGUGUGUGUGUGUGGGGGUGUGUGUGUGUGUGGGGGUGUGUGUGCGCGCUAUGUGUACAUAGUAACAUUGCGGGGAAGAAGCCUUAUAUAGUUGUGGCCCACCCUCCCACUUAUAUAAUGUAUCUACUCCUGAUAUACGCUAUAAGGCUUUAAGGUAAUUGCCUAGCCAGCUAUUAUUAGGUUUCCUCAAUUUAUUCAUUACCUAGCUAUACCUGGUAUUACAGUGCUACUAUUAAACAGCUCAGCUUUUCCUGGUACACAGUAAUUACACUGAAAAACAUUUGCUCUCUAGAAGUAUUAGUACUAUUUGCUGUUCUCUGGGAAUUGCUUGGAGGUGUUUCCGGUUGAUUGAUCGGUCACUGUUAGAAUAUAAAAAGCAACUACUGCUACAUAGUUAUAGUCAGAACUUUUAAGCAAACCUGUACGCUUUGCAGUAGUGCUGGUUGUCGUGGUGAUUGUGAGAAGUUGCUGCACUAGAUCCAGUUCAUUUGUGGCAGAUCAUCAUAAUAUGCCACUGUGCAGUUUUAGUAUCUUGAGGAAUUUAUUAAUGUCGGUUCUACUAUUCAAUAUUUGCCCACCAGGUAACAGAAACUACUACACAAGUGCUGUCCCACUACACAGCCUCAGGGAGAGCAAAACGGAAGAGCAGAACUCUAACUAUGACCAAGCAGCACCUCUCAAGCAACAGGGAAAGGGACUUCCACUGAAGGCCUUACUUAAUGACGAUGUCCCUAAUAUCCCAAGCCCCUCAAAUGUGCAACUUUCGUUCCUCAACAUCAGCUCUGUACUCAUCAGCUGGUCGUAUCCAGGGGCUGACCGGGCCUACUUUGUCGUGCAGAGGAGCUACGAUGGCGAUGCCUAUAAGAAUGUCUCGGGUCCACUCACUGCCACUCAGUUUGUGUACAGUGGUAUGAAGUUCUCAGCCUACUACCAGUUCAGGGUGAUUGCCUAUGUGGGGGGUGAGGCUAGCCCCCCCACAGAGACUGGCUACUUUGUCAAUGGAAUUACAGCACCUCCUGGUCCUCCGUUGAAUGUCGUGGCAACAGUGAUGUCAUAUGAUGUCAUCAAUCUUCAGUGGGAUGCCCCGCCCACUCCAUCCCCUGUGCUAUACCUUGUGGAGUGGGGGACUAACGAAACACACCUCAAUCAGGAGAAGACGAUAGCUCAGAGCACUCACGUGUCCUUUCCCUCCCUACAACUCAACACCACCUACUACUACCGAGUGAGGGCAGAGGUCAACUCCUGGACUAGCGUUGCCUCUCCAUUGGUCACCGCCACUACACCACCCCCCAAUCUUCCGGCGCUCACUGUGCAAGCCAAUGCCUCGGAUAGAUGGGUUCUCAUUGUCUGGUCUGACCCGUCCGAUGACCGCUACCCUAAAACCAUCACUAGCUACAAGAUCCUCGUCAAUUCAAACAAGGCGGCGCUAGAUUCUCAUAAACUCAACGACAGCAAUAUGUUCAUUUCUGUUAGUCCAACACUGCACAGCUUCAACCUAACAGGCCUGUCACCAGGAGGCAUGCUUACCGUGUGUGUGGCUUAUACCUCUAGUGACUUUCAGAGUGAAAUGAGUAGACCUUUACAGUUGGAGACGUUAGAAGAUGUGGUCUGCGGCUCAUGUGAUCCACUCUCCUCAACACAACUCAGGAUAGCGUACAAGGUGUUGACGAGCCUCAACAAAACACGGACUAUCAGUGUUCUAGAAUCUGGAGUCCCUCUAGCACAGUUUCGUACGCAAGAUAUUUCUGGAGUCACGAUUGUCUCUGAUUUGCGUCCGUGGACUGGGCAUUCUUUGACUGUUGCCUUGGAAACAACCUCUGGCGAGCGGCAAUCUGACCUUUGCCCUCUGCUAUACUGCUGGACAAAAGAAGCUGCACCCUCAGAGCCACCCACCAACAUCCGAGCAACGGCCCUAUCCUCUCAUUCGAUACAGCUCUCUUGGUCUCAGCCACACAGCAACGCUCUGAAUGGUAUCAUUACAAAAUACUCAGUCGGCUAUCAAUGCACACCACGAUACACUGGACAGGAUUGUAGCACCCGACAAUUUGACGUUACGGCCAAUAAACCAGAUAAUAUCUCAGCAAUUAUCGACUAUUUGACACCGUUCACAAUCUACUCAGUUGUCAUAUCUGCCAGUACUAAGGUUGGGCGAGGUCCACUGUCCUUCCCUCUUACACUCGCCACCAAAGAAGACGCUCCGACCACCUCUCCCGUCGUCACAACUGUCACUAACAUCACAGCGACAUCGUUUUACAUCAGCUGGCGCCCACCUACUCGUGAAACUCAAAACGGUGAAAUUAUCAGCUACAGACUAUCGCUGAUCACAGUUCCUAACAAUUGUAACGAUAUAAACAAGGGAAAAUUUCAAAAAGGUGGAAAUAUCGUUGUUCAAAAUGCAACAAGAACUAAGUUUAGUGAUUUACUAGCGGCUACAACCUACGCUGUUAUUGUAUCAGCGUCUACUAGUGCUGGUGAAAGUCCAUUCUCUGAACCUGUUUGUGUUUCUACAUUGCCCUCAGUGAACACACUCGUUCUUGACCUUAAUUUCACGGCUGAAGCCAUUCCCAGUAUUGUCGAAGAUGUCUGUUUUAACCUAACCUUCGGGUGGGACUGGCCUCUCUUGCUACAGUCGGCCCGGGGUGUCAGCCUUGUAACGUGGAGCGUUUUUAUUCAUUAUAAUAAUAAUAUUAUGUCCAACUCGUCACAAACUGCAAGUGUAUUUGUUGGCAAGGAUGUACUAGUAACCAUGGUGACAUUUUCUAAAUUCAAUCACAGCUGGAGUUUAGUAGGAGGAACUAAUAGCACAUUUUGGCUGGAAAUUAACGGCCUGCUCAGUAAUAACUCGUCAGUUCAAAUUCAAACUCAUCAAAAAUUAAUUUAUCUUCCCACUUGCUCCUCGUCUUUAAAUAAUUGGAUUUUGAUAACUAGUGUGUGCAUAGUCGCUGUUCUUGGUUGUGCUUCACUGCUCUGCCUAACCACCUGUUGUGGGUACUUAAAAUGGAAAAAGAGGCGACAAGUGGUUUCACAAGGUGGGUAUGUAAUGGACAACUUCGUGCCUCCUGAUCUAGAAGAGAAUGAUUAUCUUCUUGACCCGAGUCUGAGAAUCAGCGAUGGACAAAAUUCGAUAGAAAACAGUAGAACAAGCUCGGAAUCACUUUACGAGGAUGAUUCAUCGUCUUUAUCGCGAGCAUCAGACAGUGAUUCGGAAUUACUCGAUCUCGGCACUGAUGAUGAUAAUUCUUCGCCCUACCCUAAAACCACAACUCUCAGGCUGCCCCCUGCCAAUGGAAUGUCUGAUUCUCCGUUGAAGCCAAGAGAUUCAGCCCUAGCCCUAGACAGUUUGGAGGCCGAGUGUCGACCACAAGCCCUUCCUUUGGCACCUCGCCAGAACCCAGACGGUUGCUCCCUGAGUAGCACCAACAGUUCGGAGUCCACGGCAUUGAUGGAAAAUGAAGAUUAACGUUUUUAUGAUUCAUGCUAAAAUUUUUUUAUUGUUGAUUAUUACAUUUUUCAAAUUUGUCUGUCAGCUAUGAGCAAAUCAGAAUAAACUUUGUUAUUUUCAUUCCAUUUUUUUUUUACUUUUUUUUUCUGUAUGCACUGUUUGUGCGUAUUCACUCAUUGUGUUUUUGAGUCCCAUUGCCUAUAUUUCAGCAAAUUUCUAUAUUUUCAUGAAUAGACCAGUCACUAUCGAGA